AUGGCAGACAGGAUUACCCUUGCCCGCAAUUACAAGCCAUCCCACUACAGUCUCUCUCUGAGGGACUUGGACUUCCGGGCGUGGACCUUCAAAGGCACCGUCAACAUCGACUUGGAAAUCACCCAAAGAACAACGAGUAUUGUGCUGAACGCAGAGGAGCUCAAAAUUAUAAGCGCAGAGCUUCAUGGUGGCAAUGGCGACGCGCCGCAGGUUAUCCCCUCGAGUGGCUGCAGCUACGACAGUCGCGCCACCACCGUCGCAAUCACGUUCGAGGAAGAGCUUGACGUGGCCAAAUCGUACCAAUUGAUUAUAAACUACGAGGGUUCUAUCAAUGCGCAGUCGACAGGAUUCUACCGCGCGCAAUACAAGGCGCUCUCUGAGCCCCCGGCCUCCGUCGGCCGGAGCGAAAAUGGCGCGCCGUACAUGGUGUGCACGCAGUUCCAGCCCGUCGGCGCCCGCCGCGCCUUUCCCUGCUUCGACGAGCCCAACAGCAAGGCCACGUUUUCCCUCGACGUGGAGCUGCCGGCCGACCAGACGGCCAUUAGCAACACGCCGGUCGCCACGACGGAACGGACCGCCGAGGGCCGCCAGCGGGUGCGCUUUGAGACGACACCCGUCAUGAGCACCUAUCUGCUGGCGUGGGCCAUCGGCGACUUCAAGUACGUUGAAACGUGCACGGCGCAAGAGUAUCGGGGCAGCAAGAUCCCAGUGCGCUUCUAUGCAACGGCUGGUCUGCAGGAACAAGGUCGCUUUGCCAUGCAAGAAGCGGCCAACGCAGUCGACUUCUUCUCUGCAACCUUUGGUAUCGAGUACCCGCUGGCCAAGAUGGAUCUCCUGGCCAUUCCCGAGUUUAGCUUUGGAGCGAUGGAGAACUGGGGUCUGAUAACGGGCAAGGCCAAUCUUUUGAUCUUUGACGACAAAGUCAGCGCACCCGCCAAGAAGGAGCUGAUAGCAUCCAUCAUAGCCCACGAAGUAGCCCACCAGUGGUUCGGCAACCUCGUCACCAUGGACUGGUGGGACGAGCUCUGGCUCAACGAGGGCUUCGCGACCUGGGCCGGCCACCACGCCGUCGACCGCCUGCACCCCGACUGGCAAGCCUGGGACAAGUUCAUGGGAGAGGGCAUGGAGGGCGCGCUGAUCCGCGAUGCCCAGCGCUCGUCGCACCCCAUCCUGGUGGCCGUGCCCGACGCGCGUCUCGUGCACGAGGUCUUUGACCAGAUCAGCUACCAAAAGAGCUGCGCGGUGCUCAACAUGCUGGCCCGCCACAUGGGCGUUGACGCGUUCCUGGCUGGCGUAUCCGUCUACCUGCGGCGAAACAUGCACCGCAACGCCACGGCCGAGGACCUCUGGCGGUGUCUGAGCGAGGUGGCAGGUGACGACAUCGUUGCCAACAUCAAGCCGUGGAUCGAAAAGACGGGCCACCCCGUCCUGACGGUGACGCGGCAGUCGGGCCAGGUGACGCUGCGGCAGUCUCGUUUUCUCGCCGUCGACGACAUGAUACCCGAAGAGGACGAGACGCUGUGGUGGAUUCCGCUCGGCUUCCGGAAUCUGUCUGACAAGGACAACGCGCCGUCUAUGCCUUCCGCACUCUCUGAAAAAGAAGCUUGCGUGACGUUCCCCGCAGACCAGCUGUACCUGCUCAACAGCUCUGGCACCGGCUUCUACCGCGUCGAGUACCCCCCAGACCACCUGACAAGGCUCGGCCAGGAACUCGACGGCCUAAACGUAGCGGAAAAGCUCACCAUUCUCAACUCGGCGUCGGCCCUGGCCUUUUCGGGCGCGGGCUCGACCGUCUCCCUGCUGGGGUUCAUGCAAGCCUUUGCCGAAGAGACAAAUCCGCACGUGUGGCUCCGGAUGAUGCGCGACUUUGCGCGGCUGCGGUAUCGCUUCGACAACGAUGCCGACAUUGUGCCGGGCAUCAAGGCUCUGACGCGGGUCGUCAUUGGUAAGAUGGUACAGGAUCUGGGAUGGGAGCAGGCGGAGGGUGAGUCGCACCUGCGAUCGGACCUUCGAAGGACGAUCUUGGACGCGGGUUUCCAUUGCGAGAGCCCCGAAAUAUUGGAGGCUGCUCAGCAGAAGAACAUGCUGUACAUGGCAGACCCCGAGAAGCUCACCAUCGAUCCCUCCCUACGUUAUCUAGUCUGGGGCGCCGCCGCCCAAGCCUCGCCCGAGGACGCCGUGCCCGCUCUCCUCGACGAGUGGCGCGCGUCCACGUCGACGGAGGCGCGCGGGCGCCUCGUCCGCGCCAUGAGCAUGGUGCAGGACCCAGCCGUGCUGCGCGCCCUCGUGCUGCCAUUUUGCUACGGCACAACGCCCGCGGACCGGGUGCUGGCGCCGACCGCGAUGCGCCCGCUCGUCACGGCGCUGGCGCUGCAGUGGCCCGCGCGCAGGGUGCAGUGGGCGUACGUGCAGGAGAACUGGGACGCCGUCGUGGCCAAGAUGGGCACGCCCGAGGGCGUCGGCCGCGUGCUUGGCGCGUGCCUGGCGGGGUGCAACGAGGCGGCGGAGGCGGACGACAUGGAGGCCUUCUUUGCGGACAAGGAUACGAGUGGCUAUGGCAGGACGCUGGCCAAGGUCAAAGACAGCAUUGUAAACGCGAGCCGCUUCCGCAAGAGAGAGCGUGCGUCGCUGGCGGCUUGGCUGCGCGCGAAUGGAUAUAUAGCGUCGCAGAAAUGA